AUGGGUGUUUGUUCAUGUACUGAAAGAGAUGAAGCUACAAAAAUCCAAAAUAAACCAAAAGAUGAAUACUUAAAGAAUAUGCAAAAGAUAAGGAAGGCCAAAAAUGAUGAAGAUAGUGAUGAUGACCUCAAAAGAAGCAAAACUGAGAAAUCAGCUGUCUCAGCUUUGCUUGAUGGAAUCAAAGAAGGGGACACAUUUAAGUUUGGCGAUGGAAGCGAGUAUAAAGUGGUUAUGUUUAUUAGCCCGCCACGAAGUGUUAUAAUUAAGUGCUUGAUCUGUGAAGUAAGCUUUCCAGAUAUAGAGCUAAAUUGGCACAUAAAGAAUCCAGAGCAUAUUAUGAAUUGCUCUGAAAAGUGUGUGAUUUUCUAG